AUGAAAAUACUAUUACUAUUAAUAUAUUUUAUAGGUUUGGUUUAUUGUAAAAAUGUUAAAGACUUACUGAAUCAAUAUUCAGAAUUUAAAUUAGAAGCUAAUAUAGAUCAUUUAAAUGAAGAUGAUAAAAAGAUGCUCAACUAUUUAUUUAAAGUAUCAGAUAUAAUGGAUGAUAUAUUUUGGCUGGAAUCCAUUGGGGAAAAAAGUGAUUUUUUAAAAUCGAUAAAAAGCAAAGAUGAAAAAGAGUAUGCAAAAAUUAACUAUGGUCCAUGGGAUAAAUUUACUGAAAAACCUUUUAUUAAUGGCUAUGGUAAAAAACCCAAGGGUGCAAAAUUUUAUCCAGAUGAUAUUACAGAAAAAGAGUUUGAUCAAUUGAAAAAUAAAGAAAAGGAUAGUUGGUAUACCCUUUUAAAAAGAAAUAAGCAUGGUCAAUUAUACACAAAAUGGUAUCAUGAAGAGUUUGCUGAUCAAAUAAAAAAAGCUGCAUCACUUUUAGAAAGUGCAUCUAAAUAUUCAACAAAUCAAAGUUUUAAAAACUACCUAAAAUUAAGAGCCAAGGCACUUCGUACUGAUGAGUACUAUGAGAGUGAUAUUGCAUGGAUGGAUCUAACUAACAAUACAAUUGAUUUUAUUGUUGGUCCAAUUGAAAGUUAUGCUGAUGGAUUCAAAGGAAUAAAAGCUGCUCACAGUGCCCAAAUAUUAAUAAAAGAUUUAGACUGGAGUAAAAGAAUAGAAAAGUACAAUGGAAUGCUACCCCAGCUUCAAGAGAAUUUACCAGUAAGCAGCUUAUACAAACAAGAUCAAACCUCAAAGGGCGAUAUGUAUGUGUAUUAUUUGGUUUAUUGUAGAGGUGAUUACAAUUGGGGUUCAAAAAACAUUGCUAUCAACUUACCAAAUGAUCCAAAUGUGCAAAAAGUAAAAGGAACCAGAAAGCUUCAAUUAAAGAAUGCAAUGCAAGCUAAAUAUGAAAGAAUUCUAAUACCAAUGGCCAAUAUUCUAGUUGAUGAAUCACAACUUAAACAUGUUGUAUUUGACGACGGUUUCUUUCAAAAUACUAUGUUCCAUGAAGUUGCCCAUGGUUUUGGUGUUAAAUUUGUUGUUACCAAUAGUAGCAUCUCUGUAAGGAAAGCAUUAGAAGAAACCUAUAGUUCAUUAGAAGAAGCCAAAGCUGAUAUUACUGGUAUUUUCUUUAUUCAGUAUCUUGUAAAUAAAGGUGAAUUAAAAUUAGACAUUAUGGAUUGCUAUACAUCUUAUUUGGCUGGUGUUCUUCGUUCCAUCCGUUUUGGUGAAUCCACUGCACAUGGAUUAGCAAAUAUGAUUAGUUAUAACUUUAUUACUGAAAUGGGUGGUUUCAAUAAAACAGAAUUAGGAAAAUAUAGAGUUGAUAAAGACAAAAUGGAAAAAGCAGUUUCUGAAUUGGUAAAAAGAAUUAUAACUAUUCAAGGUGAUGGAAAUAAAAAAGUUGCUCAAAAAUUUAUAGAAAAGUAUGGUUAUAUUAAAGAUGAAUUAAAAGAACAUUUAGACACUAUCUCAAAAGCCGGUAUACCAAAAGAUAUUGUAUUUGAUCAAGAUAAAAAAAAUAUUGGUAUUUAA